AUGGGCAUAAGACAUCAAGAUGGACGCUCUGAUCAACGCCCCAUUACGCCCGAGCCCCAGUCUCACUCCAAACACGGCUUCCGCGUGGGAAUGUUGCAACGUUUCCCGCGCUUCCAUGGCUUCUUUUCACGAGGUGAUCACCACGCCCCGCCUAUUCCAGAACCCGACGAUACGGCGUGGUCAGAUCAACCGCCGCCGGGUCCAAGAGGCUACUGGUCGGAUGAUGCAGCACCGGAACCGAGGACUUCCUGGGCGGAUGGAACGCCAAGGGGCCCAAAGAGAGACUGGGCUGGUCAUCCGGUGAGCAUUGGACUGCCUCGGCAAGCGACUCUCCGACGCAUCAACUCAGAGAAGAAGGAGCACUUGUUACCAGUCGAGCCCGGUCCAGCAGAACGCCGAGCAACAUCUACAGUCAGGCCUGUGACGGCUGUGAAAGUGGCUCAGCGGAAUCGAGCAAACUCGACACCGCCUCUCUAUCAUCCAGCAACGCUUUCAGCGCCAACCGUGCCCCUCACCCAUCGACACCAAUUCCAAGAUGUUGCUCCGACCUCUAUCACCACAGCAGCAGCUGCGCCACCCAGCCAGCGGAGCCUUGAUGGUGAUCAUCGAGAAGAAAGGGAGUUUAGGCCGCCGCGACCACCGUCAAUAACUUCGUCUGCCUUGUCACAGCAUCCGGAAGUAGUCGAAGUGGACGAUAAGGCUAUGAUCAAAGCAGAACUCGACACGAAGUGGAUCUUGAAUCUCUCUAUGCACUUCAGAGACAAGUCUGAUCGCGAGAAGUUUUUCGUCACAUACGCUGAGACCCCAACAAGUUGGAGGCGCGUGACCGUGUCUUGCGAUUAUCGUGGUUGCGAGUCGGGAUCGCUCGAAAUGGAUCUGAAAGAGCUCCAGUUCCAACGUGACAAGAGCUUGCAGAUCUACGAAUCCAUACGAGAGUCACUGCCCGAGAUUCAGUUUUACGACACUGUCACCAACUUGAAGCUCGAGACGACUGACGGUAGACUGCAUGUCCACGUUACGGAGGAUGUGAAUGAGACAAUACCAUAUCCACCACGCAGCACAGUAUCUCAUAUUCUUGACAGCGACGAGUACCGACCUAUGGAAGUCCCAGAAUCGGCACUUGUCUUCGAUUCGCACCUGUCAGGGUUUGUAUACAAGGUCUCAUAUGACGGCAAGACAUAUAUUAAGAAGGAAAUCCCUGGACCUGACACCGUGGAUGAGUUCUUGUACGAGAUCAAUGCUCUGCACGCACUACAUGAUUGCUCCAACGUGAUUCAGCUAGAGGCUAUAGUGGUCGACGACGAUCACCUGUCUGUCAAAGGCCUGCUGAUAAGUUAUGCUGAACGAGGAGCCAUCGUCGAUCUGCUGUAUGAUUUCAAAGGGCAGAUUGCACUCGAAGAUCGCCUUCGAUGGGGCAGAGACGCAGUUGCUGGGCUUUCUGAAAUUCAUGACGAAGGAUACGUCCAGGGCGAUUUCACCCUCUCGAACAUUGUCGUUGACGCAGACAACAAUGCAAAAAUUAUCGACAUCAAUCGCCGCGGCUGCCCCGUAGGCUGGGAGCCUCCAGAGAUUGCUGUCAAAAUCGCAAGCCACCAGCGUAUCUCCAUGUACAUUGGCGAAAAGUCUGAUCUGUAUCAGCUAGGUAUGACAUUAUGGGGUCUUGCAGCGGAUGAUGACGAACCCGAAAGGCACGACUCACCUGUCUCAGUGGAUGUACUACCUGCUGAGGUACCGUGGGAGUACAAGGAAAUUAUCAGGAUAUGCUUGGAUCCUAAGCCCCGAAAGCGGAAGCCGGCCAGAGAAUUGCUGAAAAUGCUUCCAUCGACACAGAACACCACUCCGCGUCCCCUGUCAUUCUUCCCAGAGCACUUCGAGUUCAGGGAACAAAAGCGCUACAUCAAUCCUGAUGAUGCCGUGGAGCGCGAGGACAUUGCGCGAUUUGGUACGGGAAGCCGAACCUAUAGUGUCGAAUAUUCGCCAGCGAGUUCGAAAGACCGAAAGUCAUUCACAUAUCCGAAGUCCUCGAACUAUCAAGUAGGCAGCGAAACAUCGGAGUAUGAUCGACCGCGGGGCAGAGCACUGCCAACGAACAUUGAGCAUCUUAGCUACCGUGAGAGACGUGGUUGGUCUCCACGCGAGAUGCCUUCAUCACCCACUGACGAGCUCGAGCCGCAAGUUCUGUCGGUAUCACCUCGUCAAGGUCCACAAUACGAGGAAAUCGAGCUCGAUGGGAAGCCCUUUUUGAUUUGCGCGCAACACAUUUACAGAUGA